CAGAGUCCCUCCACCCUGUCCCCAGCUCCCGGCCGGGGCUGCCAUGGCCUCCCUGUUCUCUGGCCGUGUCCUGAUUCGCAACAACAGCGACCAGGACGAGCUGGACACGGAGGCUGAGCUCAGCCGCAGGCUGGAGAACCGGCUGGUGCUGCUGUUCUUUGGCGCUGGGUCAUGCCCACAGUGCCAGGCCUUCGCACCCAUCCUCAGGGACUUCUUCGUGCGACUCACAGAUGAGUUCUACGUGCUGCGGGCAGCACAGCUGGCCCUGGUGUACGUGUCCCAGGACCCCACAGAGGAGGAGCAGGAUCUGUUCCUCAGGGACAUGCCGAAAAAGUGGCUCUUCCUGCCCUUCGAGGAUGACCUGAGGAGGGAUCUCGGGCGCCAGUUCUCCGUGGAGCGCCUGCCGGCUGUCGUGGUGCUCAAGCCUGGAGGGGACGUGCUCACCCGCGACGCAACUGACGAGAUCCGGCGCCUGGGCCCCGCCUGCUUCGCCAACUGGCAGGAGGCGGCGGAGGUGCUGGACCGCAACUUCCUGCAGCCCGAGGACCUGGACGACCCCGCGCCCCGGAGCCUCACCGAGCCGCUGCGCCGCUGCAAGUACCGCGUGGACCCGGCGGCUCGGGGCAAACGCGGCCCCAGGAGAGGGAGCGACCCCGAGGGGGAGGGCGGGGCGGAGGGCGGGGACGGGGGGCUGUUCUGA